AUGGCAUCGAAUCUCAAGACCGAAAUACCGGAAACCCCAACAAAAGACAGCACCGAUGAUUCCAUAAUAGUGAGAGGAUCAGUGUCGUCACCAGCCUCCGCCGAGGCGACUGACAGCUCCGUUUCAUGCACCGACGAUGCGUUGGUCCAGGCACUUUACGGAGAUGAGAUAACGGAGACCGAUGUGCUUCUGGGGCUGUGCACGGAGCAGAAGGUGCUCGAGUUCGAUCAAUAUAUCGACUCAUUGCUUGAGGAUUCGUCGAUACGGAAACUGGGAGAAGCAUCCUACAGUGAGGUGUUCCUGCAAUCGCGAACCGAUUCCAACAGCACCACGGUUCUGAAGAUCAUUCCGUUCGGCCAGGAGGAGCAAUGCGAAGUGAAAAGCAUCAUCCAGGAAGUGAGGAUCUCCAAGACCAUGGCACAAAUCGACGGCUUCAUUGGCUUCAGGGGCGCGUACGUAGUUCAGGGCUACUUCCCCGAGCCCCUGAUGGACGAGUGGGAUAACUUCGACAUGGAGCGGGGAUCAGAGAACGUCCGGCCAGACUUUUACGAAGACCACCAGCUCUUCGCAGUCAUCCUGCUGGAAAACGGUGGAUCUGAUCUCGAGCAUACCGAGCUCCAGAGUUGGGAAGAGGCGCUGGAUGUUUUCUGGCAGGCUGCGAAUGCCUUGGCGAGUGGAGAGGAGAAGCACCUUUUUGAGCAUCGAGAUCUCCACUGGGGAAACCUAGUCAUCGACCGCAGAGAGGUAGAGCCCAGGAAGAAGUCGUUCUCCGCCAAUCCGGAGACACUACUCGAAGGACUAUCAUUAGAGGACAAGGAGUCAACCCUCAAGGUAUCACUGAUCGACUACACCCUCUCCCGCGCUCGAUGCACCGAUGACGAAAACGACAUCGAAUUCAUGCCACUCAACGACACCGCGCUAUUCGGCGGUAAAGGUGACUACCAAUUCGACAUCUACCGCUUUAUGCGCAAAGAGGUCUCCUCCGGCCUCGUACCUCCCGAGGAGGAGUGCAUCGACUGGAACGUUUAUGCCCCCCGCACAAACAUCUUCUGGCUGCACUACCUCACCAACAUACUCCUCACGCGCAUGGGGAUCCCGCGGCCAGCCGCACGCGGCAGAAACGCCGCAAGCCAGACGGAGAAGGACUGUUUCCGACAGCUGGAAAUCGUAGCGAAAGCUAUCGACCCGAGGAAGAAGAAGUUCGGGAAGGGACCUGCCAUCACAUCGGCGGGGGAUUUGGUUGGGUGGGCGAAGGCCGAGAAGUACAUCUAA